UCGCCAUUUCUCCGUCGGCUUCUCUUCUCCUUCCUCCGAGAAACCAAGAAGAUAAGUGGAGAGAGAGGAAGCGAUGGCUCGGGAGCUCUUCUCCCGGCGGGGUCCGCAUCUGGCGGGCUCCCGGCUCCCCUCUGACAGCACGCAUCGACCGGCGAUGGAUCGCCGGCACCGGGCCCAUGCGGCGGCGCGGAAGGGCUCGACGUGCCGGCCGUCGCGCGUCGUCAUCAUCGGCGGCCUCGGCCUCGCCGUCAUCGUUUUCUUCGCCCUGGGGUUCUGGCAGCAGAGCACCAUGAUCGACGGGCCCGUGGACGACGGUCCGCGGCGCCGGCCCCUCGGUAGUGUGCUGCGAUUCGUUCCGGCGGAUCUGCAGAGGCGGUUCGAGGAGCAGGGCGGGCUGGAUAGGCUGAGAUCUGAGCGGGAGCCCGGCAUCCGGCGGCCAAGGGUGGCACUGGUCAUAGGAAGUAUGGAUAAAGAUUCACGAAGUUUGAUGCUAUUAACUUUGGUGAAGUAUCUUACAGAGCUGGGAUAUAAAUUUACAAUUUUCGCACUCAAACAUGGGGAAGCUCACAGUUUGUGGACAUUUUCUGGUUAUGAAGUAUCGUUUGUAAGUACUAAGCAAGAUUCCAAACUGGAGUAUGGCUCUGUUGACUGGUCAAAUUUCGAAGGUGUAAUUCUAAGCUCUCUUGAAGGCAAACAAGUGAUUUCAAGUCUUAUGCAGGAGCCUUUCGUAUCUGUACCACUUAUCUGGCUUAUUCAAGAAGAUAUCCUUGGGAAACACAUUUCACAUUAUACAGAAUGGGGCUGGCAGGAUCUAAUCAGUGAGUGGAGAAGUGCUUUUAGUAGGGCUGAUGUCGUGGUGUUUCCAGAUUACUCUCUUCCGUUGUUGUAUAGUCUGCUUGAUAUUGGGAACUUUUUUGUGAUUUCUGGAUCUCCUGUGGAUGUCUGGGCAACUCAAGGCUAUAUUAAAUCCCAUUCGCGAUAUGAGUUGCGGAAAAAAUAUGGAUUUGGUGAAGAUGACCUACUAAUUCUAGUCACUGGAAGCCAUUUAUUCUAUGAUGAGUUACCAUGGGAUUAUGUCGCAGCUAUGCAUGCCUUAGCACCUCAAGUUAAGACACAUGCAAGAUUAAAAGAUCUAGGAGGAAUGAUUAAGUUUGUCUUUCUGUGUGGCAAUUCUACAGAUGCCUCUGGCUCUUUUCAGGAAAUUGCUACUCAUUUGGGAUUUCCAGAAGGUUCUGUGAGGCAAUAUGGUAUGGAUCAUGAUGUGAACAACUUGCUAUUGAUGGCUGACUCUGUUCUUUAUGGGUCUUUUGAGGAGGAACAGAGCUUUCCUCCACUGCUAUUGCGAGCCAUGUCUUUUGGAAUUCCCAUUGUCGCCCCUGAUCUGACUACAAUAAAGAAAUAUGUUGUUGAUCAGACCCAUGGCUUUAUUUUUCAUCCUAGUGAUCCAGAAUCAUUGGCUACAGCUUUUUCACAUUUAAUAAAAGAUAAGAAGCUGUCAUCUUUGGCUCAUGUUGCUGCAUCUAAUGCCAGAGAACUCUCUAUGGACAUGCAAGCAUCGGAUUGCAUUGCUGGUUAUGCAAAGCUUCUUGAAAAUGUACUCCAGUUUCCAUCAGAUGUAAUGCUCCCACAAUCCUUUUCUCCAACCCGACAAACAUCUUGGUUAUGGGGCCUUUUUGUGGGGGAUGUCGAAGAAAGAGAUUAUCAUAUGCAAACUGAAGGUUAUCUUUCAAGACAAAGAUCCAGCAUUGUAUAUUUGCUUGAGGAACAAUAUGCUAAAAAUCAUAUGGAUAACAGAUCUAGAGUUGAAAAGAAGGCUUAUACAGAGGAGUUCCCAACUCAGUUAGAUUGGGAUAUCGUAAGUGAAAUGGAAAUAUCUGAGGACUUAGAGAGACGAGAGAUACAGGAGCUUGAGGAAAGGAUGGAGAGAACUUUGGGGUCAUGGGAGGAUGUAUACCGCAAUGCUAAGAAAGCUGAAAAGCUGAAAUUCGAAGCAAAUGAACGUGAUGAAGGUGAACUAGAAAGGACUGGGCGGCCGUUGUGUAUAUAUGAAAUCUACAAUGGAGAGGGGGCAUGGCCGUUUUUGCAUCGUGGUUCUAUAUACCGUGGAAUAACUCUUCUAAGAAGUGCCCAAAGAUCAAGAGCAGAUGACCUGGAUGCUGUUAGUCGUCUUCCUAUCUUAAAUGAGACAUACUACAGAGAUAUUCUUUGUGAGCUUGGUGCCAUGUUUGCGGUUGCAAAUGGGGUGGAUAAUGUUCACAAAUUACCCUGGAUUGGUUUCCAGUCAUGGCGGGCUGCUGGAAAGAAGGUUUCCUUAUCUGAUAAAGCAGCAGAAAUACUAGAGAAGACUAUACAAUCAGAAAAUAAAGGAGAUGUCGUCUACUAUUGGGCACUGAUGGCUAUGGACCCGAGGGAUGUGGAAACAGAAGACACUGACUUUUGGUCUAUGUGUGACAGCUUAAAUAAUGGGCAUUGCAGAGCUGUAUUUGAGGAUGCAUUCAGAAGGAUGUAUGGGCUGCCUGAUGAUGUGGAAGCCCUGCCCCCAAUGCCUGUUACCGGUGGCCAGUGGUCUGUUCUCCACAGCUGGGUGAUGCCAACCCCUUCCUUCCUAGAAUUUGUAAUGUUUUCCAGAAUGUUUGCCGAUUCACUUGAUAGCUUGAAUAAGAAUAAUAGCAGCACCACUGAAUGUGUGCUGGGAUCUUCAAUGUUAGAGAAAAGGCAUUGCUACUGUCGGAUUUUUGAAGUCCUGGUCAAUGUCUGGGCUUAUCACAGUGCCAGAAGGAUGGUUUACCUCAACCCAAGCAAUGGGAAUCUCAGCGAACAGCACCCUCUUGAGCGUAGGGAUAUGUGGGUCAAGUACUUCAGCUUUCCAUUGCUGAAGAGUAUGGAUGAAGAUUUGGCUGAAGAAGCAGAUGAUGGCAUGCAUCCAGCCGAUAAAUGGUUGUGGCCUUCAACUGGUGAAGUUCUAUGGCAGGGGAUCUUAGACAGGGAGAGGGAGCAGAGGUACAGGCGUAAAAUGGAUAAAAAGAGAAAAACGAAGGAGAAAUUGUUAGAGAGACAGAAGUAUGGAUACAAACAGAAAACCUUAGGGCAGGAACAGAAAGAUAAGGUAUGAUAGCAGGUCCAACAAUUCCACAAUAUUAACCAAUCAAAACCUUUAAACUCCAACUGCUAUGUCCAUAUGGAGGUCAAAAGGGUUCAUGCAGCUUGAACAGCGAUUCUACACAACACUGCCACAGGUACAAAGGCUACAUCCUUGGUGUACAUAUAUUCUUCCCCCCUCCACCGCUUCGGAUUUUGCCCUGAAGGAGUAGAAGAGAUAAAGAACCAUGCUGCCAAAGUUUCAGAUUUUUCUUUUUUGGGUUCCUUUUCCCUAUUUUUGUUAAUUCACCAAGGUAGAAGUACCUGAAAUUUUUUUUCCCUUAUAGCCAAUUGACAUUCUUUGAUUACUGAUAUAAUGAAGCAGCUAUACACACAGAACUUUUGCUCUGCUCAUGUAAUCUUCGCUUCUUGUACAUUCAGGAUAUUAGAGGUGAUUUCCACUGAGAAUGGUAAUUCUUUGCGGAGACAGUGGUCUCUAGUC